UUCGGGACAACCUACCUAUGCAACAUCUGGGUGAACGCACAAAUGCAAUAAUCCACAAAAAUGUGGUUUUUAUAUUGUAAACGAAACCUUUAACAACACAUUACGUAAAUUUUAUCACUUAAAAAUGUGAAACAGAUUGUUAAACGCUCAAAAAACAUGUUUCGGUGUACACCAUGAGAUUUUACAGAAGAUUUACAAAAAGGCAAUACAUGUGCUUGUGGUUUUUUUUAAUUCUAUUUUUUGUAUUUUACGUGGAGUUUUAUUUAUAUCUGAGUAACACACUUUCGUGGUUGAAGCCAAAAUGUGGAAAUCGAAACAAUUGCACAAAUAUUCUCCUUGUUGCCGAUCCUCAAGUUCUCGGCGAACGUAAAGAAAUGUUCUCGUUUGUUACGCCUUUCAGUAUUGCAGACAGUGAUUUUUUUCUGAAAAAGACGUACUCUUGGGCUUACAGGUUUGCAGAACCUGAUGUCGUAAUAUUCUUAGGUGACUUGAUGGAUGAGGGUUCAAUUGCCAGAGAUGAAGAAUUUUUUGCGUAUGCUAGAAGGAUUUAUAACGUUUUUACGGAUAGCUCUCCAACUGCAGUAAAGCACAUUUGGCUGCCAGGUGAUAAUGACGUAGGAGGUGAAGAAUUCGACGGAAUAACUGAUCAAAAAAUGAAAAGAUUUCAUCGAGCGUUUCCACAGCCAGAACUCAUCGUGCACAAAAAUAUUACCUUUUUUAAAAUAAACCGACUGAUUUUAAGCAUUCCAGUCUUUAAAGAAAAAAGAGAUUUUUAUGAUACUUCCAAAAUUUUUAUUGGGUUGAGUCAUUUGCCUCUCAUUUUCUUGCCUUCACCUUUUGUGGAAAAAGUGUUUAGAAAAAUGCUACCUCAGGUUUUGUUCACGGCUCAUGAACACAAAUCCAUGAUUGUUAUUACAGACGCGUUAAUUAGACAGGACAGCCAAAUUAUCCCAGUGACACCCGACAAUAAUAAAAUUUACGAGUAUCCCUUGGGUAGUACAGAUAUGUACGAAUUUAUUAUACCGACGUGUUCAUAUCGCAUGGGUACUGAUAAAAUUGGCUAUGGCUUCGCUGUGCUUGGUAUGUAUGUCUUGUCGCAUGUUGUUCAAUGUAACCGGGUUGUAAUUAACACCGUCUUCAUGUUACAGAACAAAAUGAAAUACGUUAUACAGUGCUUUGGUCUCCGUCCCGUUUUACCCAACUUUAUUAUUAUUCCAUUUUUACAUGUUUUAACUUGUUAUGUGUUUGUUUUUGUUACUAUUGUAAAAGUUCAAAAAAACGGUUUAGUCGAACCUGAUCAGUACCUGUCAAAUCCAAAGUACAAUUGCGCUUAAAUUGUGUCAAAAUGCACCGUUUUAGUAAUAAUGAUUGUUUUACCAUAGAGAACUGACCUAGCAAAUUGUCUACACAAUGUGCCAAUGCACAGAAAUAUGUAUCUUUUGUGUCAAUUGUAAGUGACUAUAGUUUUUGUGUAUUAAUUGUUUUGUAAAUAAGGAGUCACCAAAUAUUGGCACAAAUUAGCUACAUUUAGGAUCUCAGGGCGACAUGGCGAGGUGCAGUUUGUGACAAAAUUUACAGCACAUGACAGUCUUAUACGUUACAACUAACUAUAUUUAAAAAAGCAAUGUACAUGAAAACUGCUUCUGAUUUUUGAAACCAGAGUACUAGAAUUUGAUCAUGUGACAACGUAUUAUUUGAAAAUUUUAAUGUCAUAGCCAGUCGUAGCGAAUUUGGCGGCAAGAACACAUUAUGGUUGUCAAAGAUAAAUUGCAGUAGGCGGCGCUAGUGUGUGUGAAACAUUAAAGUCACUAGAUAUAUAUGGUUAUCUAGGAACUUUAUGAAACAUUUGACACUUAAGUGGCAGCCAAAGUCCCUAUAUAUUACUAAUUUAGAGACUUGAAAUGGCAGCUAUUUUUGAACAUUUUGUAAUUUGGAAUUGCUGCCGAAAUCUUGCUCUGUUAAAACUGAUAAAUGUUGAAGUUUAAAGAAGUGAAGUUCGUGAUCCAUUCACAAUUUCUGUUGCAAAUUACAAUAUGUUUACCGCUUGUUAUAAAUAACUUUUAGAAGUGCCACAUAAUUAGGAAUUUUGUACUAAUAAUACUUCUAAUAUUUUUAUGCAUUGACAAUAGAAAAAGUAUUGUGUAUGAAAUUUUCGACACAGGAAAUUGAAAAACGUCCAGUCCAUCCCUGGACAGAGUAUAAAUGUAUUGAUUAUAAUUGUUACAAUUUGAUUACCUUAAAUUAGGAUGUUUCUGUUGGUUUGUUGCGUCAUCACGGUUAAAAAAACAUUACAAGAACAAUUUAAAUAUCCUCAGUCAACAUUGGGUAAUGGUUUUCAAACAGUACGAUUUACGCAAUUAAAUUUUUCAUUAUGGUAUGUUGACCUGAAAAUCAUUUGGAACAUCAAAUAAAACUGUAAACCAUAGAACUGUUCAAUUUUAGCGAAAAGUUUGUCUUCUCAUUUAAAAAACCAAUCUCGUAGUCGCUCUAUUUCUAUAAAACGAUGUAUGCACCAGUUUAGUAUACAUUUUAAUGCAGAGUUGUCUUCGAUUAGAUUGCUUGAAUUGGUAUCACUGAUUUAGUCGUGUGCCUGUCAAAUUGAUGCGUGCGCACAAUUAUCAAAACCCGCGGGAAAUUUAAAUUUGGCCUGGAAUUGUGACAGUCAACAAAAUGAAAUCUACGUUGUGUGUGCGUUCAAGAGCCAUUUACACUAGUGACAGGUAUAACCAGUGUCGGAUUGAGGGCAAUUUACAAAGUGAGGCCCUGUGGUAUUGUAAACAGAUCUUGUUUUGAAAAAAUUGUUGUUUUUGGAAUUUUGAUGACGCUACCAAGAAAAACAAAGCUAGUAAAAAAAUUGUGGAAGGUUAUUUUGACAGAACUUUCCUCGCCCUUGAAAUAUAGUCCGACAAAUUCCGCUUGUUUAAAAAUUAUAAAAUUGGAUUUUGCGAUAACUGUUUCUGUUUUUGCAACUUCAAAGUUAAAUUGUUGAUUUUUUUCCAAAAAUCUGGAUACGAAGGGUAAAAAGUCCUGUAACCUUAAAACGUUUGGAAAAUUUCAGUACAUUCGCUUUUGCAAUUUUAAACUUAAAUUGUAGAAUACAAUUGCGAUUUUUUUCCCAAAAAUCUCGAUGUCUAGGAGGAAAACUCAACACGGAUUCUAAAUUACACAUACGUGGAGUAUGUAAUUCUAUAAAAUUUGAGGAACAUUUGUUCUGCAAAAUUAUAAAAUGACGUGAUCAUUUUUUAGGAGGUCAUGAACACAUUUUUAUUAAAGAUGUACCAUGCUUAUGGUAAUCUCAACAAGCUUGCAUGUUUUCAAAGCAUUCGGUUUUACAAUUUCAAAGUUAAAUUGUAAAAUGUUAUACAAUCUUGUUUUUUUUUUUUUUUUUUAAAUCUGGAUGUCUAUGGUGAAAACUCGACACGGAGUCAUGGAUCACAUAUGCAGGAGUAUGCAAUCCUAUAAAAUUAAAUAUAUAUAAUACCAAAAAAGGGGCAAAUUAGUGGUAAGUAAAAUGAUACGUUUCACCCCACAUUUUUUUUUAUUUAUUAUAAGGUGCUUUGUCUUUUUUUUUAAACUCCACGUCAAAAAUUGCCUUUUUUAUUUUAUAAAAAAGCAAUAAAAAAUGCAUGUCAAAGUUGGUCUGUUUUCUUAAAAAAAUGAUACAGUACCUUAAAAUAGAUGAAAAAACAGGUAAAAAAAUAGCUUAAAUAGAUGGAAAAAACAUUUGGGAUGAAAUGUACCACUUUACUUUCUACUGAUUUCAAUUUAGAAAUUUCAUCCAAAGAGCCUGAUAAUCCGAUCCUUAUAUUUGGUAAAUAUAAAUUAAAGAAUUUAAGAAAUUUCUCGGUGUCCCGGCGCCACAAUCCGACACUGGGUAUAACACAUAUUAGAACUAUGCUUAAAGACCUGUCGCAUAUUAUAAGCUUUACCCAGCCAGUUGUUGUCAAACUACGCGUUUCAUGAAUUUAACCUCUAUUUGGGCAAAUGACGUGAAAAACAAACCGUCAGCUCUGACUCAUUUUCGUCACGCGAUCCUGUGCUUUUAUUUUAAUUAAAAUUCAAAUCCUAUCUUUUUGAAACUUGGAAUAUCUAGAUAAGUACCAGAAUUACCACGAGAGAAGCUACAUUUAAUUAAAACCAACGUUAAUUAAAGUAGUUUGCGAAUAAAUGUUCAAAUUUGAACUGUAGAAAAAUAUUAAAGCCCUUCCGAGUCCACGAUGAGAUUUAUUUUACUGAUGAUAACUUUCGAGCCCUUUUCCCUCAAAAUGUUUAGGACUAAUUUAAAUGCCAUAAAUGAAUUAUUAUAAGUGAGAAAGAUUAUGAGUGUGGAUAAUGUAAUAAGUAAUAACUUAAGUAAAAACGUCCAUUUUUUUUUAAUUUUCAAAUGGGGUUUCGCAAUAUUCUUUUUUUCCCCGAUGUGAAAUUUAAUUUUUUAAAACGGAACCACAAUCGAUAAAACCAAGCGACUAUAAAGCAGCACUCAAAAAGAUUCGCAGGUGAUUUAAAAUCAGUGGUACCAAUUACAAAGUGUUAACAAUCUCAUCAUAAUAUCAGAUUUUUAGGUUGAUAAUAAUAUAACAUGUAAGUAGAUCACGAUUCUAUGAAAUUACCAGGGAAAAAUUAACUACUGUUUGCUGCUAUGGUUGGUUAUAAUCAUGGUAUAAUGUUAACAAACAGUAUUCAAUACCCAUGACAACAAAGCAACUUACAAGGUCGCGGUCAACGUCAGUUGAUUUAUUUGCAAUAAAGUAAAACCCAGCUCACAUGAAAACUUUAUUAUUAUUUGUUUUUUUAUUAGUGUGUAAACGCACCUAAAAAUUGAAAUAAAAAUGUAAAUGCUUUAAAAUUACAAGAUAAAAAUCUUUUUUAGGCGUGGCUUGGAUUUGACCAAACGAAUUAUGAAAUUGCAGUUAUAAAUAUCAUCUUGUUCAAUUUUAAUUAAAAACUGUUUCAUUUCGCUUAGAAUAAGUCACUAGUUUGGAACGUCAUGCGUAGAUGAACAUUGUUUUAUAAUUUUAGUAAUUAAUCUGUGAUGAUUUAAAAAAAAUCGACUUGGGUGUACAUAUAUCGUUUGACUUUUACUGUCAAAUAACUGCAAUGCCAACAUUUUUAUUUUAAAACACAAUUCUAUGCCUUACUACACUUUUUUUUGAUCAAAUGGUAACUGUGUAUUUUCAAAAAAAUUAUUAUUGACGACAAAAAAUCGAAAAUAUUUAAUACAUAUCGUGUUAAUAGUAGUAGAAAUGACACUAAUAAUGAUACAUUUCAAAUAUGCUGCCACUCUAACUCAGACAUAUUAUCUACUUCAAAAUCAUCCAGUAUUCGAACCUUCAUGGCAGUUAUUGUAUUAGGAAUAAAUUUUUGAAGUAGCAUUUCUAGGACUGGCUAUGUCACACUUCUAGUAAGAUCAUUUUAAUUUAAUGUAUGUACCUGCAUGAUACGUGUGUAUGUGUGUAUCAAGUAGUUUUUUAACCAUUUAUAAUAAUCGUAGUAUAGGGAAGACUAAACUAGGAGCUAGUCUUUUAUAAGUGACAAAGAUCUAAUAAUGUGCAUAUUAUUCCAAUGUAAACUUAUAAAGACAUUUUUCUCUUGGUAUUGUUAGAAUGGAGUGCCAAUAAACAUAUUUCUAUAUGUACUAAAUUUGAACAUAUCAAUAUUAACUGAUAAAGCUAUAAGCAGUGAGAGUAGUAGUUAAAAUUUGUUAGAUAUUGAUUAGUGUGUUGUUUACUUUACUGAAUGUUGAUACUCCGUACUGUGGUGAUUCACAUGGAGAUAUGUUUCAUGGAAUGAAUUUACAUUAUAUCUCAUUUUUAUUAUAAA